UGUGAUGUCAUUGGUUUUGAUUUGGACCACACUCUCUGUCGCUACCAUUUGAAGGAGACCUCUAGGGUGAGUUUAUUUGUAGCUCAGGAGCUACAAAACGUUGCGGGCUGUUGUGAUUUCUGACAAUAUGCUACUGUUACAGCCGGCUGGCUAGCUACUAAGUAUAUUAACGCUUGCAUGCAACAUAAUCCAUCCUUUCCAGCUGGCAGUGCAAAGUCAGUCGUUCAUGGCUCGCUGCAUUUUAUCAAUAGCUAAUACUCACAAUGUAUGAUGGAACGAAUGGAAUAGAAUACAUACAUCCUAGCUACAUGGUGUUAAUGUGGUAAACGUUGCAGUUGCGAUGAACCCCCCCCCCCCCGCCCAAAACGACAUUGUUGUAAUGCAACAUCUAGCUACCUACCUAACAACACUGUAUAGAAUGCCGCUAUACUGCAUGCAUAAAUUAGAUUUAUAAGCAAUAUGCUUGCAACAACAAAUUAGCCAGCAUGCUCUGGUGAGUCACAGCUGAGUCUGUGUGACAUCUGACUGCCAGCCGCAGAAACCCAAUGGCAUCCUCUCUGUCAGGAACACAUAAAUUACAUUGAAGCCGUGACUUUAUAAAUAGGUUUACAAUGCCUGCCAGCUCCAUCACGGUAGUUGUCAAUACAGCACAGUAUGUAUGUAUGUAUUGUACAGACAUAAAGGUUCAGUGUCAUUGAAUGUUCACCCCAGCUGUGGAUAGAAUAUAUUUUUGUGCUUCUUUGCAGUUGAUAUAUGAGAGCUUUACCAGGUAUCUGGUAGAGCAUAAAGACUAUGACAAGGACCUUCUUAUAUUGACCCCUGCUUCCUGGGAUUUCUGGUGAGUCAUAAGCAGCAGCAGCAGAAUGACUGAAGAAAAUAUAUACUUUUUCUAUAAGCUGUAAUCAUUAAUGACUGUGGUGUGCCAUUGUAAAUUCAGUCUACCUGCAUGCAUCACUCCACUACUGUGAAUGACUACCCCAUUUUUCAGGUUAGAUAAAGGGCACUUUUUGAAAACGAAAGGCAUUGGAUGAAUGCAUGGUGCUCUGGUGAAUAUCGCUUACAGAUUCGUAUUGUUAUUGCUUAGCAUAGGACAUUGAUCAACACGCUUGUUCUUUGCCAAUGACCACUAUGAAAUGUGUAUUCUGUAUGUCCAGUUUCAAAGGCUUAGUGGUAGACCUUGAGGAUGGAAACUUGGUUAAAUUGGCUGAAGAUGGAACUGUUUUACGGUAGGGUUACAGUAAAUGAUACAGUUAAAUGCAUGCUCAGAUAUUGGGUUCCUUUUAUAUUUAUAUAGGAAAAUGCCUGUUUUGAAGUGUAUCAAUGUACAAUAUUUGGGCAUGCCUUUUUGUUACUUAUUUUUCCACCCAAAAUGAAUAAAAACCCUGAUUUUAAACCUGUUUGUUUUGAUCAGAGCAACCCAUGGGACCAAUAACCUCAGCACAGAAGAGCUCAUUAAACAUUACGGUUCUAAAAGGGAAUGGAAGCACUUUAAUAGCCUUAAUACCUCAUUUACGAAAUCUAGUAAGUCUGUCAUCUUGAAUCUCUGUGUCCCAUCCAAACGUUGCGAAAGCUGUUUUUUUUUCUUUCUUUCUUUUUGUAAGGCAGUUUAUUUUUCAUGAUAAUACAAUCUUCUGAAAAAAAUCUAAUUUUAUUUCCAAAGUAAAGAGUGAUGAUUGAUUGGAUUGUUUCUUACAAUACAUAUAUUCUGUUUUAUUCUCCUCAGCAAAGUACUAUUUUUAUGACAACUAUUUUGAUCUACCUGGGGCUCUUCUCUGUGGAAGGGUUGUGGAUAUGUUGCGUAAGGUAAAAUAUACAUAUUUUUAAGUGAAUUAUGAUUAUGAAUAGAUAAUAUGUUUACAUGCUUUUUACAAAAAAUGUAUCUGCUUUCAAGAACAUUAUUUUGUUUUUGUCAACAGCGUGGGAAUGAGGUGAAUUCAGACUUUUGGAAAGACAUUGUUGCUGCCAUUGACCACAAUUACAACACAUCUGCGUUUAAA